GCCAAUGAAAUCGUGGGCUCGGAAAUUUAAACUUUACUAACUGGCCUUCGUCGUCGUGGUAGUGCGUUAAAGUAUUUAGUCACUUCGUAAAUAUGGACCAUAUUAACGACGAGCCGACAAAGUUUUAUUUUUAUGAAAACAGGCUUUCAACCUUCGAUGGUUGGCCAUUUCAGGAAGACUGCGUUUGUACUCCUGAGAACAUGGCUAAAGCAGGAUUCAUUCACGUGCCCUCUGAGAACAGUCCUGAUAUAGCGCAGUGCUUCUUCUGUCUUAAAGAGCUGGAAGGCUGGGAGCCAGAAGAUGAUCCUGAAAAGGAGCAUAAAGCACAUUCACCCAGUUGCAAUUUUAUUACAUUGAAGAAGUCUGUGGAGAGUCUGACUGUGGAGGAGUUUCUCAGGCUUCAGAAAGAGAGGCAGAAAUGUAUUAUUAAAAAGAUGUGCGGCCAGGCCAUUGACAAAUUUGAGGAAGUUGUGAAGUUGAAAAGAGGACAGAUCAUCCAGUCUGCCAUGGGUGAAGAAUGAAGAUAAUAAAGAUGCCACUGCUAUUAUUGCUUUUCACAAGACACAUCAUUUCCAGUUGUUCAUAAUUUUAUCUCUUUCUGGUAAUCAACUCCUUUGGAAUGAGGUGGAGUGUGUGUAUUUUUAUUUUUAUAUUAUAAAAAUUAUAUAAAUCCUGUCCCUGUAGACUUUAUUUGGACUGGACAAUGAAAUGGUUCAGUUUGGGAAUUUUUACAUUCUCUCUCUCUCUCUCUCUCUCUCUCUCUCUCUCUCUCUCUGGGGAAUAAAACUUAAUUUUAAAAAUUAUGGUUGACUUGUGAGUCAUUUAAAGUCAUAUCAGGGUGUCACGUUGUGUGUAAGUACUUUUCCUGAUCUCCUUAAAAUGUUGCUAUUAGAAAUUUACAAUUUGGAUAUCUUAUUAUAAAAGGAGCUGUGUAAGAACUGACUGAAUGUGUGUUUCAUUGUUAUGUAUUGUGUACUUUGUGCUAUGGCGCAUCAGUGGUUAUGGUAGGCUUUUGGAACCAAAACCUAAGCUAAAAUGUAACUUGUUUGUGAAUACAUGCAAAUAUUUUGAAUAAACACUUUUUAAGUUUG